CGUUCUUAUGACUCAAGGUCCUGUUCGAGGUGAAGAACGCACUGAAAGUUUAACGCAAGGGCGACGAAACGCUUACGUGGCUGCAAUCAACUUGUCAAGUUUUGAAAUAUGACUAGGAGCCGCCGCGGUGUCGCCAUUAGUCGCUCCUCUCCGGGCUCCCCACUCGCAGUUCAGACGCCAACCUGGCUAGUACCUCGGAAAAAAGCUGAAAUGGCUUUCUACACUAAUAAUAGCUUAUUUCCGAAUCAACCACCCAUACCCAAUGGCAUCGCGGCGCAAAUGGACGAGAAGUCGAAGAACAAAAUCAUAUUCCUGGACGUUACACCCAAUCGUACUCCGAGAUUACCGACGCCUAAUAAUGCCAUAGCCCCGAUACAAGACAACUUGAUCAAUCCCGACAUUACCAGAGACAUCAUUUAUGAAAACAUCAAGCCGGUGUUUACUCUCCUGAGGAUCAUGGGCGUUCUUCCAUUGACCAGGCCAGUUCCGGGAGUGACCCAAUUUCAACCGGCCUCUCCCUCGAUGCUUUACUCUGCCGUUCUCUACUUUUCUCUUAUCGGAUACCUUUUGUAUCUUUCCCUAAAUAAAGUCCAAAUAGUGAGAACCGGUGCUCAAGAAGGUAAAUUUGAGGAGGCUGUGAUUGAGUACCUAUUUACAGUGUAUUUGUUUCCGAUGAUUGCAGUCCCUUUAUUGUGGUAUGAAACGAGAAAGAUUGCCGAAGUUCUCAACGGAUGGGUUGAAUAUGAGAUUGCUUACAAAAAACUAUCAAACCGAGUCCUUCCUGUAGGGCUAUAUAAAAAAGCUCUUGCCAUGUCUAUAGUCAUCCCAGCACUUUCAACGGCAUCAGUGAUCAUCACACAUGUCACCAUGGUCCACUUCAAAUUAUUACAAAUCAUUCCAUACGUAUUCCUGGAAAUAUUGACUUACAUGUUGGGCGGCUACUGGUACCUUCUUUGUGAAACACUCAGCAUUUGUGCGCACAUCUUGGCAGAAGACUUUCAACAGGCUCUUCGUAACAUUGGGCCAGCCGGAAAGGUCGCGGAAUACCGCGCACUCUGGUUGCGCCUCAGUAAACUGGCUCGGGACACCGGGAUCGCGAAUUGCUACACCUUCACUUUCAUGAGCCUGUACUUGUUCCUUAUUAUCACACUUUCGAUCUACGGUCUGCUCAGCAAAAUCUCCGAGGGUUUCGGAGUCAAAGACAUCGGUUUAGCUUUAACGGCUUUUUGCAGUAUUAUGCUACUAUUCUUUAUUUGUGACGAGGCGCACUAUGCUUCUCAUAACGUACGCCUGAACUUCCAAAAGAAGCUCCUAAUGAUCGAGCUGUCAUGGAUGAACGCGGACGCAUUGACCGAGGUGAACAUGUUCCUGCGAGCCACUGAAAUGAAUCCCUCCCAAAUCAGCUUGGGAGGAUUUUUCGACGUCAACAGGACGCUAUUCAAGUCGCUACUAGCUACGAUGGUGACUUACCUAGUUGUGCUCCUGCAGUUCCAAAUCAGUAUACCCGACGAUUCGCGUGUCCAGGAGGCGGAUGACGAUGAUGAUUUCGUGAAUGCUACCGCUUCGGUCACCGAGGCUCCCACCACUUUGACCACCAUUACCACCCUGCUCACCACGCUAGCAAAAAAGAAAAAGAAACAUUAAAUAUAGAUCAAUCUUAGUAAGACUAGAACCAAUGAUGUACUUAUUACAAUAUAAAAUAAUAUAUAAAUAAAUAUUACGGGACAAUCUUUCACAGUGCAAAGUACCAACAAAAGGAAAUAUACUUGGUCAAGCAAAUCUUGUCAGUAGAAAAAUGCGGCAAAUUUAAAAAAUGUAGGCGCGAAGGAUUAUCGUGCUAUAGAAAAUUUGAAAUUCGCGCCUUUUCCUACUGACAAGAUUUGCUUGACCAAGUAUAUUAAGUUAUCCUUCCAAGGCGUAUCACCUAACGAUAUGACACUACGCGGUUAUUAAUUACAUCAACUCUUUGACGCACAAAUUUUGUUUAUAAUAAUGUACCUAGGUGUAAUAGGUAUUUGCAUUUUUAAAACUCUUUAGGGGACAUCUGUAGAUAUAAUUUAGAUUAACCCCAGGUUAAGAUAGGUUUAGUUUAGUUUUAAUUUGUAUAAUAAGUGUGUGAUUAUUGAUAUUUUAUAUUUGAAACUGUCCCAGAUUUAAAAUUAAUAAAUCGUUAUUAAAUACUUAGGUAUACCGCUGUAACGACCUCGUAACGAGAGACAGAUGCAGUCGCAUUAAAAGACAUAAACACUUUUACAAAACCAAUUUGGCGGGGAAUAUGUAUAUUUAAGAGUUUAUAGGUAAGUAAUGUUCUGGUUUAUAUAUUUAGGUAUAUAUUUGUAUUGUAGUGCCUAAAGGCAUCGAAUGGCCUCUUUUAUUGAACUCUUGUUUGUAUG